GUCUGGCUCUGUUCAUCUCCCCGCCCUCGCCAAGGCAGCUCGAGCCGCCCGCUUGCUGAUCCAGCGCCGCGUCCGCACCGAUCCAGCGCAGUAUAUCUUCCCGUCUAGCGCCGCAUCUGCACCGAUCUAGCGUCGCGUAUCCGCUUGUUUCCAACAGCGCUUCCUCCCCUGUCGAAUCCACCCGCCAUGAGCACCGAAGGCCAGAGCAGCACCAACAAGUUCCUCGAGAAGAAGGUCGUCAAGAUCAUCAAGGACGGGAUCAAAGCCUCCCCAAACGGAAUCUACCCGGCCACCACCCUCGGCAUGAUUUUGAAACAGAAGGACAUUGUGAUCCCCGGAAAGCUCAAGACCUAUCUCUCCACGAUUGCCGAUAAACACAAUCUCAGGAUCAUCGACGUUAAUGGCCUGGUAGACAUCACCACAAAGCUCAGCACUGUCGUUCCCGAUCGUGUGAGCCCGUCUCUGUCGUCGGCAGAGGAGAUCUCCGCAAGCCCCCUCGGAGACGACACUGGUGCAAAGGCCACCGCGGUUGAAAAGUACAGCUUCAUUGUCCAUUACCUCAACGCCCGUUUCCUCAGCCUGUCUCCCGACAAUCAGGUUGUUUCCUUCCCGGAGAUCAAGAAGGCCAUGAAUGACAGCCCCAAGAUAUUUUCCAAACAUGAUGCGAAGUCUCCCAGAAAGCUGCUGAUGGCUGCCUUUGCCCACCACAGAGCCGACUUCAACAUCGUCAGCGUCAACGGCACCCUCUCGGUCACCACCAAUGCAUCGAUCGGCGUCCCGGUCAGCCGCAGCCCCUCUCCCCGGCCUGCACAGCCGGUCGCUGCUCAGAGCAAACCACCCGUCCAGAACAAACCACCCGUUCAGAGUAAACCACCCGUUCAGAGCGCCGCUCCUGCGCCGACUAGCAGCAGCCCUGACGCAAGUGCCUACAUAAAUGUCCCGGCACCGCUGUCUUCAAGUGCCCACGCAAAGCCGGGCAAGAAAGGCGCCAUCAAAACCGGGAUGGUCUCGACGAUCGUUCCAUCGUCGCUCCGGACCCUGGUCGAGUUCAGCUCCCAGAUACAGGAUGAGGAUCCGCUGGGCGAAGUGCCUUCGUGGGUGCCCGAUGUGGAUGAUGGCGCCGACUCGGAGAGCGAAUGGUCGCUCCUCAACGACAAAGCUCAUACCAACCAGUUUGCCCAUGAGCAUGAAGUCUCCAACUGCCCCAUCUUCACCCGCGACGUUCUGGACCGGUCCCGCGACCCCAGUCACCCCAUCUACAUCAGCGAUCAGUACUCGCUGCUCGGCGAGAAAACGGGAUUCAUGGGCCCCUCUCAUGAGGUGAGCGCCGACAACGACUCGCGAGUCUACGUCAACACCAACACGCCGCUCUCGGCUGUCAUUUGCGGUGUGCAGGGCUCCGGCAAGUCGCACACCCUUUCCACCCUGCUCGAAGGAUAUCUGAUCUCGGAUCGCCGCAUCGGCUCCCUGAAAGCCCCCCUCUCUGGUCUGGUCUGCCAUUUUGAUGCCUCUGGCGGACUCGAGGGCACACAGCCCUGCGAGGCCGUCUAUCUGGCAGAAAAAUGCAGCCGCAGUGCCACCGGCAGCAACAAGGCGUCGAUCCCUGUGACCGUGCUGGUCUCCCCCUCCAACUACCAGCCCAUGCUGAAGGUCUACAGCGGCAUCCCAAACGUCUCGGUGCGUCCGUUUUUCCUGUCCGUCAAGGACCUGAACAUUUCGCGCAUGCUGUCGCUCAUGGCUGUCGACAACGAAGACGCCAAGCCGCUCUACAUGGAGGUGGUCGAGAGCAUCCUGAGAGACAUGGGCGAUCAGUUCGACUAUGACCGAUUCAAGGAUGAGCUGCGGAACCAGUCCUUCACGGCCCAGCAGCUCUCGCCCCUGAGCAUGCGUCUAUCGCUCCUUGAGAGCUUCUUGAUCGAGAAGAUCGCCCAGCGAUCUUCCAACGGGCAGCUCCACGAAAGCCAUGUCCCUCAGUCGAUCAAGUCGCUCUUCCGUCAGGGCUCGUUGGUCAUUCUCGACCUCUCAGAUCCGUUUGUUGAUUCGGCUUCAGCCUGCGGCCUGUUCCAGGUGGCGAUUGGCAUGUACAUCGAGAAGCCCAUGUCGGCGGGCAAGAUUGUCGUCUUUGACGAGGCCCAUAAGUACCUCACCAAGAGCGGCUCGGCAACCAAGCUUGUCAACUACCUGCUCUUCAUCGUCCGCCAACUUCGCCACUUGGGCGUUCGGACUGUGAUCUCGACGCAAGAUCCAACAAACUUGCCCCACUCGCUCUUCGAGCUCUCCCAGCUCAUUCUGGUCCAUCGGUUCUCGUCGCCGGCCUGGUGGAAGUACCUUUCAAACUACAUUGGUCACGAUGGCGGGCGCGCCGAGGAUACCUUUGACCGGAUUGCCCAAUUCCGAACGGGCCAAGCCCUCGUUGUUGCCCCGACCGGCGUGUUCUUGCGCACAGGCAACGACGGCUCGGAUGAGAUCACCAAGCUGGGCCGCACAAGCAUGCUCGUGUCCAUUCGCAAGCGAAUCACUCACGAUGGCGGCCAGAGCAUCAUGGCAAGCAACCAGGAGCUGAGCCCCAGCCCCACUGCUGGCCCUAGAAGCGCGAAUCCCAGGCUCCCAGGCGCUGCCAGCAGCAGCAAAGCCAAGAGCGCACCGGUCAGCUCCAAGGAAGCCAACGCUGACGCGGCAGGCGGUCCCCGCAGCGCCAGCCCAAAGCGCCAGCCCAUGCAAGAGACCAAACGCAGCACCACUCCCACGCAGACCCCGGCCCAGGCACCGGUCCCGAAACCUGCCAAGGGCAAGGCUGCUGCCCAGAAUACCGAGACUGUGUCUGUCCCGGCCGUGCCCAAGAACGGCGGCGAGCAAGCCGCCGCUCCCAAAGGCGACAAGCCCAACGGCUCGACCAGUGCCGCCAAGGGCACUAACAGCAAUGGCUGGGCAAGUGUCGUCAAAACUCCCAACAACGGUUCUGCAGGUACCAAGAUCGCCAGCGACGGCUGGGGAAGCGCACCGAGCACAUCCGCAAACGACGGCUGGGGGAGUGCUGAAUCGGGAUACAAUCCUGCCUCCAGCUCGGAGCCCAAGCGCAACGACGGGUGGUGAUACCGAUGGGGAUUUGCGUUGCAACAGGGGUCGCUUUGUUGGAUAGCAUACGGGCAAGAUCCCUCGCUUGGGCGAUACUGGUGUGAUGGAGCCCGUUGGGCUGCGUCCUGCACAACGCGGAGUGCGAGGAGACUCAGGGGGUGAUGAAUAUAACGUUUGAGACACCUGGUCCGAUGCUUCGA